AUGGCACUCUCCCUCGAAUUGAUUCUCGCCAUAUUCACUCUCAUGGUUACCAUCUUUGGCGUCAUGUCCCAGCUCUUUGGUAACUUCCGAGCUGGCAGGCUGCAGAAAUCGAUGGAUGAGGGCCUGAAAUCGCUAAAAGACUGCGUGACACUGCUCAAAGAGCUGAUUAAGCACCUUGAGCGCCUCGAGAUGCCCAUCUACACCCGCUCCUCGUCACAGUCUUCUUCGCGCGUUGUGUACAACCCGUCCGCCGAUUUCUCUGCCAGCUCGUCCUCAGAUUCAUCCUUCUACAACCCCUCCGCUGCCUGUCUAGUCUAG